AAUUUUCAAGAUUUUACUGGACUGGAAGAUUUGAAAUUUGUGAAUACAAUAAAUAUGCUGCUGCAGAACUGACUCCAACAAUUGAAAAUCUUACUGUACUACACUGUUACAUGUUACUAGAAGCAAGUAAUAGUUUAAGGAGAGUAGUGGCUGGCGGGGAUUGGGAUUUCAGGAACUUAGGCACUUAUGGCUUUGUCACAGCAUUAGCAGUGGUGGUAAUGGCAGACCAACCUUGGAUACCUAACUCUGCAAACUUUGAGUGA